AUAUUACCAAUCAUCCUUUCACCUAUGUAGGAAACACCCAUCAUUGCUCCCAACAAUCCUUUUCAACCUUAGAAACCUGAGCUUCCAAGAUAUUCCAUUCUUCCAUUCUUUUCACUUUUUGGGUCCUCUUUCCUUUCUUUUCCACUCCAUUCCCUUUAUGCCUUUCCUUCUUCUUCCUCCACACUCUCUCUCUCAAUUUAAAUAUCUCUACCCUCACCCCUUCACUUCCCCUUCUUCUUCACCACUCUCUUUAAAAAUAUUAAUAUUACUACUAAUUUGUAAAACCGUAUUAAAAUGGAUCCCUCGUCCGUAAACGGCUUCUACUCGUUCCUGACGCGAGGAAUCGACGAUCUAGAGAGCGUGUUCCUCAGCACAAACUUCAUGUCAAUUCAAUUCCUCCAAAGAGCACUCUCUCUUCUAAGAUCAUUCCACACCCAAUUGACUCUCCUGGUUCAGAAACUCCACCUCCCCGUCGGCGACAAAUGGCUCGACGAGUACAUGGACGAAAGCUCCAAACUCUGGGACGCCUGCCACGUCAUCAAGUCCGGCAUUUCCAGCAUCGACACCUACUACUCCGCCGCCCUCAACAUCACCUCCUCCCUCGACUCCCACCGCCCCAUCACCCCCCAACUCUCUCGCCAGGUAAUAAGGGCGAUAGCCGGGUGUCGUCGGGAGGCGGUGGGAUUGGAGGAAGAGAACAGAGGAUUAAUGGAGGCGAGGAUUCAGCCCUUGUCGCUUCGAUUUGAGGAGAGAGUGUCGAUCGAGUCCAAGUUGAACGGGUUCAACGGGUUCAGAGGGGUGCUGUACGCAAUGAGGAACGUGAGUUCGUUGCUGCUUAUGGUACUUCUGUACGGACUCGUCUACUGCUAUGGUGACUCCUCGGACUUCGUGCUGGGAGGGUGCGGGUACGAGGGCUGCCUGUUCCUGGGAUCGGCGUUCAUGAUGUCGACUGCGAGGCUGCAGCAGCGGGUGGCGGCGGAGAUCGGGCACAUGGGCGGCGCGCAGGGGAUGCUGCUGCACGAGUUUCGGAGGUCGAAGGUGGCUAUGGAAGAGCUGAGAGGGGAGUUAGAGAGAAGAGGGUCUCAGGGGGGAGUGGAGUGGGAGAGUGAGGUUGCUAUUAGAGAGAGAGUGGAGAAUCUCAGAGCCUGUUUUGGGGUUCUCAGAUCUGGGGCAGACAACAUUGUUGCUCAGCUUGAUGAUUUCUUUGACGAGAUUGUCGAAGGAAGGAAGAGGCUUUUGGACUUUUGCAGUCAUAGGUGAGUGAAUCAGGAGAAACAACAUUCACAAAUUCAAAAUGGAAUAGGUGUCUCUGGCUGCCUACAAGAAAAACAGAAAAAAGAAAAAAGAAAAAAUAGAAACAAAGACAAGGUAGAAGAAUAGUUGAUGGGGUUGUUGUACCUUUUAUUAACCCUUUCUUUAAUUAUUAUUAUUAUUAUUAUCACUUGGGUCUUUUUUUGGGGGGAUUUUCACAGUUACCACGGCAAGUCUUUUUCUUCCCCGCAUAAGCAUGUAAAGAAGGUUCUCUCGAAUUGAAUGUGGUUCUGGGUUUGAAAGCAACAUUGACAAUGGAUUAAUGAAUGAAUGAAAUGGAAUUAUCUUCUUGCA